UGCUGUCAUGUCCAAUGGUUCAAUGACAUUGGACGUUAAAACUUCAAUGAUUUUGAUUGGACAUUGGACGUCCAAGAUUCAAAAAUCACAAUUGAACGUUAGAUUAGGCAUCCAAUCCCAAAGGACCAAAUGUCCAAUUUUGUCUAUUGCCUAUAAAAUUAUACCCCUAAAGCCAGUGUUGUCAUAUUCAAGCAAACAAAAAUCUGUGCCAG